AUGGUCAGCCAAUAUAUCGGAAAAGACCAAAAAGCCUGGGAUGAAAAAUUAAACGCGAUCCAGUUCGCAUACAAUACAGCCGUUUACGACGCCACAAGAUAUACAUCAGCGUUUUUGAAUUACGGCCGCGAAUUGAUUUCACCCGUGGACGAUAACCCGUCAGACGAACAAGCACCCGCUCCGGAAACAAUACAAAGACAGCUGCAAGAGGCGAACGAGCUAAUGAAGAUUAAUCUUUCACGAGCUUUCGAAAAGCAAAAACACUUUUACGACCUAAGGAGAAGAGCCUGGAAACCGCAGGUGGGCGAUUGGGAGAAAGGACCACCAACUCUCGAAUAA